AUGCUCCCCCCUGAAAAAGAACAGGCGCCCACCUCGGCCGAGCUGGUCGCUCAGUCCCUUCCCCCAAAGAAGGACAAGGUCGGCUUGCUCGUGACGAAAGAGUUGGACAAGGCGAUUGCACGAUGUCGGGAGAAGGUGGAGAGGAUCUCGAGAGAUUGUAGGAAGAGGAAUAGGAGGUUUAGGGAUUUGAGCUUUGAUGUUGAGGAGGAUAGGGAGAGGUGUUUGCAUGGCCUAGCCACACCGCAGACACAGAGGUUCAACCCCUCGGACGUACUGCGCGCCGGGCAGAUAUUUGACAAGCCAGAGUUCUUCAUCGACGGCGUCACGUCGGGCGACAUCGUCCAGGGCGAUCUGGGAAAUUGUUGGUUCCUGAGCGCGUUGGCUACGUUUACGUGUUACCCGGAGUUGGUCGAGAAGGUAUGCGUCAAGCGCGAUGAAGUUGUCGGCGUCUAUGGGUUCAUCUUCUACCGAGAUGGCGGAUGGGUGGACGUGAUUAUCGACGACCUGCUCUACGUCAACGUCCCUAAGUACGAAUCGCUCACUCAAAAAGAGCGUAACUUGUACCAUAAUGACAAGGGAUUGUAUAACAAGACGGCGAGGAAGGGAGGGAAGACGCUCUAUUUUGCCAGAUCGGGGACAGAGAACGAGACUUGGGUCCCUCUCAUCGAGAAAGCAUAUGCGAAGCUACAUGGAGAUUACGCAGCUCUCCUCGGCGGGGCGGCGGCUGAAGCGCUCGAAGAUCUGACGGGCGGGGUGUCCACCUUGAUUCAUAUGAACGACAUCCUGGACAUCGACGAGUUCUGGCAGAACGAGCUCUUGAAGGCGAACGACGACCGGCUUUUCGGCUGCUACCUUUCCGGCCUAGAAGCGCCGGUGGAUAGCGACGACGGGAUCCCGACCGUGAAUGGGCUGAUCGUCGGUCAUGCGUACUCUGUGCUGAGGGCAAUAGAACACAACGGGCGACGGUUUGUGCGUGUGCGAAACCCCUGGGGAUCCAGCGAGUGGACGGGCGCUUGGUCAGACGGGUCAAAAGAGUGGAAUGGAGAGUGGCUCGCUGCGCUGCCUGCGCUCAAGCAUACGUUUGGAGACGACGGCGAGUUUUUGAUGAGCUACGAGGACUUUUUGAGCACAUUUUGGGUUGUGCAUCGCACGAAGGUGCUCGACCCCACUUGGAAGCUGAGCAGCCAUUGGCUCGAGGUCGCAGGGAGGAAGUUCCCCGCGACUUGGAAUUACGGUGAUGUGUCUUUCACUUUCACCAUGCCCAAGUCUGGUCCGACGAUCGUCGUUCUCACCCAGCUGGACACUCGUUACUUCCGCGAGCUCGCUCCCUGGACGCGAUGGAGUUUUGACUUUGCGCUGUUUAAGCGCGGGGAAAAGGAUGUCGUCGCUGUAUCGCAUCAUGCCGCUAUCUGGACGCGCAGCGUGAAUAUUGAACUGGACCUGGAGGAGGGGGAAUAUGUGGUACAUGUUAGGUUCGACAGGCGGAUGGAGAAGAACAAAGACUAUGUGUCCGAGAACAUCUCUGGAUGGAAUCCGAGGAAGCUUACGCGAGUGCUCACAGAAUGUGCCACAGCUCAGAUGAUUGCCGUCAACUUUGAUCCUAACGACUGGGGUCAUCAUCAGCUCCCUAUACCGUUAGACCGGUAUGCAGGGUACGACCUCUCCGAACUCGAAGCCCUCACCAUGGAGAAUGCCAUAAAUAACAACGAGCCUGAGCCUGAGCCUGACACUGAGCCGGGUGCCGAAGACGAAGGGGAGGAUGGAGAGCAGGAAGAAUCUGGACCAAUUGAUAUCCCGAAUGGAUUCAGAAUGCCUGAGUCCGACAAGGCGGAUCGAGGAGAUGACCCUGUGCCGGAGGAUGUACCUGGCGUACCAGAUGGUGAUGCUGAGGGAGGGGACGGGACAGAGGACGAAGAUGUGGUGGAUGACGUCAAUGGGGAUAUCGUGGUACCUGAAGUUAUUAACCCCCCACAGAACGGACCCAGCGAUUCUGUCGAAGACCUACACAAAACCGACCAAGAGCCCGAGGCGAAUGGCGAGGCCCCGAACAACGCUGAAAACGAUCAGCCAGGCCUAGAGGAGCCGUUCACCAAGCCACUGGAGGACAAGGGGCUCGCGGCAGAGUCUCUGAUCAUCUAUAAGGAGGUAAAUGGGUCCACGGGAGGAGGGUUUGAACUCGGAGAAAGCCCGCCGGCGCCCCCGAGGAUCAUGAUAGAACCGAGGGUGAUGCCUGUUCAUGAGGGGACGCGGUGUGAUGGGUGUGGGGAGGUACCUAUUGUUGGAAUUGCGUACAAAUGCCUUGAAGUUACGUGCCCGGACUUUGAUCUCUGUGCAAAAUGCUACAAAACUGGGUUCACAAACGAGGUCCACAAGGCUGGGCACAAGCUCAUGCCUCUCCGUCCGGGAGACCGCCUGAAGCUACAGGACGCAGGAAACAGCGAGGAUGAAGACAGCAUCAUCGUCGGGCUGAAAGUGUUUACGAAGGACUGCGGACCGACGCCAGUGACGGUGAAGGGACAACUAAGGCACGGCAAGAUCAUUUCGUGGAAACGGCCAGAGGAUGAUUAGGCUUAAUCAUUUUGGUCGAAGGUUAGCUGCUUGAACGUUCAUGGUUUGGGACCGGGUUGCUGGGUUCAGGAUUACUUGCACAUGAACGGACAUGGCUCAUGUUGUCGAGAGGCGGACUACAUUAUCUUGCAUCGAUCGUCUUGUCGUACAUACAUCGGAAUGAUAUUACAUCUGUCCCAG